GUAGCCCACGGUUAGUUCUAAAUAAAGCCCAGUAACAAACAACGAAGAUUAUGUCGUACGUCAAGGGCGACCCCACUCACGUACAAGGAUUGCUGAAUCGCCUCACGUAUGUCAAGGAGCAGAGCAGAGGAGCAUGCUCAAAGUGUGGCUACAGUGGCCAUCUCACAUUUGAGUGUCGGAACUUCCUACGUCAGAACCCAAGUCAGGAGGUCCACCUGGACGUCAGUAGUACCAGCAGUGAGGAGGAGGAAGAGAAGGAGGAGAUAGGGAGGGCCGCUGGAACCCCUCCACAGAAGAAAGGCUUGAGAAGAGAGAGAAGGAGGUCCUCAGACAGUGACUCUCACUCAAGGUCCAGGAACCGGGAUAGAGGCAGGAGAGAUAGAGAAGACAGCAGGAGAGAUAGAGAAGACAGCAGGAGAGAUAAAGAAGACAGCAGGAGAGGUUCCCGGAGAAAAGCUGGUAUAAUAAAAAAAGCGCUGAAGUGCAAACCCUCGGCGAACUGCGCAUGCGUGCACGCACAAUGUACAGAAACCUAUGGUCCAACCGUUAGCAAAGUGACGCUGCUUCAAGACAUAACACUUGAUUAGGCUUAUGACACUUUUUUGCCAUGUUUAUUAAGAGCAAUGCCUACUUCGGGCUUUUGCUACAGACACACUCUUGUUAGUACUUCAGUGCACUAGGUGUAUGUAUGUUCUUAUUAUCAUCAUUGAUAUCGUUUGUUCUGUGUGUGUGUGUCCACAGAGAGAGGUAGGAGGUCAGACAGCAGUAGUGGAGAGAGGUCUAGAUCCAGGUCCACAGAGAAGAAGAGAAGGCACAAGAAACACAAAAGAGAUCAUGGCCACAGUCAGUGUAGUCUUUGUGGUGGUGCAAAUCGUGUCUUGAGUUCACUAAGUAUUUUGGAUGUCUUCAUCUUACUAGCAGGUGACAGCAGCAAGGAUGAGUUGAGAACGAAACACAAGAGGUAUGUACAUUGAUGACACCUAUAUAUAUAUAUAGACACUCACAGGAUGUGGAGAUAUUUGGUGGGGUGUAUUUGUGCCAGUCACUUAAUUGCUAUAUUUUCAGGUGUUUGUACCACCCUAACAUGGGGACUAGCCCCCAUUGCUAUCAAGAAUGAGAAACCCAGACUCUCCCCUGGCAUGUAAAAUUAUGAGAUAGCUAGUGCCUAUACAUUGUAGAAGUAUAUACAUAUGAGAGAUAUCUGGCUGGUGACAAGAUAAGAGUUACUUCAAUUACAAUGAUUUUCUUUUACACAGGAAGAAGGUCAAGUCACACAAACAACACAAACACAAAUCUCGUAGGAGGUCCUAGUUAUUUGGUUAUUUUGUCUCUCUCUAUGGCAC